UUAGCACUGAGAGGGUAUAACCCUGUUGAUUUGAUUUUAAUGGGGGUUUUGUGUCUGAAAAACAAACAUAUUUAUUGCAAGUCGUAAGGUUUCACUUCCCACCGUUUCGAGCUGCAGCUAUAUAAGUUCAGAAUCUGGAGCAGAUAGAAGGCUGAUGUCUGACUUAUUCACGGCAGAAGGCUUAUGGCGGGGUCCAAUGGCACAAUUGGGGAUGCGUCUUUCACUCAUCAGCAAGUCUUUAAGCUGGACAUGGAUGCUGCCACCAGUACUAAAACUGCAGUAGCUGUGUUAACAUCUCUGUUCUUCUGUUUUGUAAACUGUGUGAUGCUUUUUGCUCUAAAAAGCAAGCGCAGAUUCCAGGAGACGCCGCGCUACAUUCUUUUUGGCCACAUGCUUAUGAAUGACUCUGUGCUUUUGCUGGUCACAACUAUUAUGUACACAUUGGCUCUCUGUUUUCUUCCAAUACCUAAAUCUAUUUGCACUCUGUUAGUCUUUAUAUCAUACUGUACAUUCUUUAACGCUGCUUUGACACUAGCACUGAUGUCUCUGGAGCGGUACGUGGCGAUCUGCUUCCCUCUGAGGCACUGCAACAUCGCCACACCAAAAAGAACUGGAAUCGCCAUAGGAAUCAUCUGGUUCCUUAGUUCUAUCAAUAUUAUAGCUGACAUUAUUCUUGCUUUAAGUGUCAAACCCAAUUAUUUAGCAGAUAUUGCAUUCUGCACACUAGAAAAAUUGUUUAUAGCCAAAUGGCAGCUGGAUAAAUCUCAAGGGUUUGAUGUUCUUUAUUUUGUGUCUGUUGCAGUGAUCAUAAUUUUCACAUACAUUAGCAUUAUGAUCACAGCCAGGUCUGUUUCCUCUGAUAAAGAUUCUGCUAAGAAAGCCCUCAAAACUGUGCUCUUGCACUUGAUUCAGCUGGGACUGUGUCUCACCUCUUUCCUGUAUGCAACAAUAGAGAGAACACUAUACACAGUGAUUGGAAGCGGCUCUUCUCUCUUCAUAAAUCUGAGAUAUGUAAAUUAUAUUAUUGUUCUUAUUCUGCCGCGCUGCCUGAGUCCUCUGAUCUAUGGCAUGAGAGAUGAAGCUGUGGGGCCUUUAUUUAAAUAUUUUUUCUGCUAUUGUUCAGGCAAAGUAAGGCCCUCUGUUAUCAUGCAUUAAUUGUAUGGUAUGAGAGGAUAUGUAAUAAUAAUUUGAUAAGCAAAUGAUAAUAUCAAAAGGGGAAAAAAUGUUGUACCCAUGUGUGUUUGUUUGGUUCAUGGACUAUGAUUUAUAAAUGUUGCAGCAGUACUGUGGACUAAUGCUGUAUAUAAAUGUAUAAAGCUCACUCCAAAAUAUGACAUGUGAUAAACAGGUUUUGUGUCACAUAAUGAUUAAACCUGUUAAUGCCCUCAAGCAAUUCUUAGCAAACUCUUAGAUUAACUUAUUCUCUCCCGAUUUUUUAAAAAGAUUUUUAAAAGUGUAAGUGAUAUGUGCAUAAUUUAACAUACUUAUUAUUUUCUUAUAUUUAUUUUUCAUG